GUUAUAUUGUGUAAAAGUGUGUAGAAUAGAUGAUGACGCAAAAUAUUUUAUUCAUAAUAUAUUUACCUUAGUUAACUUAAUAAAUCUUUAAAUUUUUUAUUAAAUCUAAAGUAAUAAGAAAUUUAUCUUAUUUCAUAUUUAGGACCUAUUUGUUAGUGCUUUAUAAUCCUUUUUUUGAGUUAGAUAUAUCAUGGCUCGUUUCUUUCUGCUGUUUUGUUUAAUGUUUAUUUUUGAGAAAGUAUCGGGAUUGAAAUUAACUAUUGAAAGCGACGGUCCAGCUGUACGUGGCUCUAAUGUAACAUUUACAGCAACUGUAAAAGAUUAUGAGGGAGAGAGUCUCAAAUUCGUCUUCUGGGAUGAUGCACAACCCCAACAUACAGCUGAGUUUAUUGAGUCAGCAAAUACUUCAAAGUGGGUAGUCGAGUAUCAUCGUGACCUGUAUGAGUCUGGAGAUUAUACUGUCAAAGUUAACCUUAUGAAGAGCUUUUAUGGGAUAUGGUAUCUGGUUACAACAUCCAGUACAUCUUUUGAAUUAACAGAUUCAUUAAAUGGUAAUUUAGUACUUAACCAGAACGACAUGGACAGGCCAAAUAAGUUCGUUGCUGUCAACAAAACUGUACAUCAUUAUAUUAAAUUGCCUGAAAAUGAGAUACAAUUUCUUAAGAAAAACGCUUCCACGGUCAUCACAUAUUGGUUCAUCGAUUGUCAAUAUAUAGAUCAAACUGCAGAUUUUUCAUUAAACUAUACGUACCAGGAUGUCAUGAGUGAUCAUUACAUUGAUGCCUUGGUUGUUGCAAAUAACCAACCAUUGCCACCAAUUACCACUACAACCACCACGACGACUACCACUACGACCACAACAACGACAACAACUACUACAACGACCACAACAACAACUCCUAAACCAACAACUGUUGUACCGUCAAGCACGAUACCAUCGACAACGAUCAAAGAUGUGGCAAGUGGAAAUGUUACCCAUAAACUAUAUAAGAGAGCACUCUCAAAUAAAACAAUUAAAAAGAAGAAUGCUAUCAAAGAUUUUAUAUGCCAUAAUUCAAGCAUCGUACCAAUUGGAGAUACCUACACGUAUGGCCAUUAUCAAGAAACAAUCAGUAUCAGAGAAUCCAUAUCAGUGAUAAACAUAACUGGAUUGAACUGGCUUCAGCAUGGAGACUUACUUAAUUUAAAAGUUAAGUAUACAGGGUCUCCACCAUUCGACUAUUGCGCUAUAUACAAGCUGGGACAGUACAAUGUGACAGGAAACGAGACCUGUUCAUACAAUACUAGGACGUCGUCCAAUGCAUUUCCAUUAGUCCAUUACUUCUCUGAUAGCGAUCAGCAUACUGUUGUCGUUGUGAUCGAAAACGAAGUCGGUAAAACAGUUUCGAGGGCAACCAUCAAUAUUUAUAAAGCUUCGGUGCAUGCACAGCUGUCAGUGAUAGUGGUACCGGUGGUAUUCUGUCUGGUUGCUGUUAUUUUGGUAGUCUUCGGUAUCGCGUACUAUCAACAUCGAUCGAGAUAUACCGUUGAAGUGGCCGAUUUUGAUUUCGGACAGCAAGCCAAUCUCGACUACAAAACAUUCACCGAACGCCUCAGAGCCAGUUUCCGAAACGCGUUAAACUUCAGACAACGCGACGACACGGAACCUCUGACGUCAGAUACGAGAUACGACUCAAUGACAUAAGAGUAAGUAUUUUAUAAAUGGUAUUGUACAUAUAAGGGCUAAACUUCAUGUGAAAACUUUUGAGAUUAACCGACCAAUAAACAUUGAUUUGAAAUUUAAAAAAAAAAAACUUUAAUUGUUGAAUUCGAUUUGCCAAAGUUAUAUUUUAUUGUUAUUAUUAUUAAACAACUUUAUUGCACACUCACAAGGAAAAAGGAAAAGACAAACACAAGUAAAAACAAAAGAAAAAGAAAAACAAAAGUUCAAGAGAAGCCAUGCUAUAUAAAUAAUUUUUUUAGUUUUAUUUUUGUUUACAAAAGUGUAUACGUGAUGAAAUUAAAUACUUUGUUUUAUUAGAUGAUUAUAUUAUUCGGAUUUAUAUAACAUUAAUCGAUGAUUAGUCGGUUAAUCCAUUAGAUUCAGGAUUUAAAAAAUAGAUUCACACUUUCCACAUUUGCUCAGAAAUUGACUUAUAUUUGGCACUUCUCAUUAGACGUUCGUUACUUGUUUUUUGUUUGUUAUUUAUAUGAAACAAUCAUUCCAUUUACCACUAUGAAAAUUUAUGUGAUUGCAAUUUGUAAAGAUAAAUUAUUGCACAAUAAAAAGCUUAAUCCAGUAUAUUGCUAUAGUUCCUAACCCUAGGCGCUAGCGUUUUAGAAAUAAUUUCAAAUUGAUACUAAUCAUAUGGUAUUGACUUCAAUAUAUUUCGAUUAAUAACGACAUCGGUAAUUUAAAUAGUUUUUAUUGUAAUUAAAAUACCAGUUAUCAAAGUUAUUAAAAUCGGAAUUGUUGCUUUAGAGUUUAUCAUAUUUUUUUUAUUGUUUUUGUAAUUGUUUUUUAUAGUCAAGAUAAUGCCGCGUUGUUUUUGCAUUCAUAUGUAUGUAAAACAUUAUCGUAUAGUAAUUUUUACUCGGCUUAUUUGAAGAUGAUUUUUUAUAUUUUUUAUUUGAUAUCGUCAUAUAACCUCUUUAGAUAAUUGAAUGCAGUAAUGUUUAUUUAUACUAUCAUGUCAUGUUAUAUUGAGGUUACAUGUAUACGCGAUAUAAUUAAGAAUAAAAGGGUUAUUUUUCAUUAAUAUGAAUGUGUAUGACAUAGCAAGCUAUGGACUAAUUGCGAUUCACCAAUCGAGAAACGGAUCUUUUUAAUCCAAAAUUGCAUAUACUUCACGAUUGCUACAAAUCAUUAAUGAUAUAUAUUUAAUCUUAGCCAUAGACACAAUGGUGGAAUACGAAUUAUGCCACAAGCCACAAGAAAUUGACCAUUAUCGGGAUAUUGACGAAGCAUUCAAUACCUGUCUCUUUUGUGAGGCUGUGUUAACAAUAGCUUUGUCUCUCUUCCACAUUUACAUAUUCAACAUCCCAUAUACUUAACACCGAUUGGAACGUUAAAUUUUUUGUCUAUGAGUAGCAGAGUUCGAUGGUUGUCAAUUGAUUUUGACAGUUCAAUUUUGGUUUUGAUUUUCGAUUGAGUGAAUGACAAUUAGCAAGAACUUGUAUACAAAAUUAUAAUCGUCAUGGUAAAAUAAAAGGCCAAAAUUAGUUUAUAUAAUUCCAAUUUUGUGUAAAGAUAUAGUAUUAUUGGUAAUCUUAUAGGAUUUAAUAUCUGUCCUUGUAAAUGAAAAAAAAAACACUAUUCAUAAGAGAUGCGUUUUGUAAUUUUCAUAAUUAAAUCAAGCUUUAUUGUAGGUAUUAUAUAAAUAAGCUUUAUAUUAUAGACUGAUAUAUGCUGGCAUAUGUACGCGUUAUUAUUAUAUUUUUGUUUAGGUAUGUAACAUUGACAUAGGUUAAAAAACGAGUUAUAAAAAAAAACAUUCUAAUGUGCAACAAACAGACGUGAAAAUUAUAAGUUUUAAUCAUCUGUUGUCAUGUCAAAAUGUAAUUAUAAAUCGAAAUGUUUUAUUAAUAAUUAUCAUUAAAUGAUUAUCUGUGGUUUCAAUUAAAAUUGUAUCGAUACUAUGAACAACACGCAUGUACAUUCAAAUAUAAAUCUUAACUUGAUAUACAUAAAGAUCAAAAUAUGAUUUUACAAAAUAAUAUGUUAUUGUUGUUCACUGUAUUGAUGAAGUAUAAACAAAGUGAUCAGUCAUGUUUUGUGAUAUUAUAGGUUAAAUUAAAUAGAUUUACUUGUAUUUAUAUAUUAGUUCUAGAACAUUAUAUAUAAAUCAUAUUUCUGUAUUUUAGAAGCAAAGUUACUUAUAAUUAUCUUUCCCCUAAAAUACUAUUUAUGAAUUAUCGCAGGUGCCAUUUUAUUGUAAAAUAAAAUAAAAAACAAUAAGAAUGUAUUUCGUUCGAGCUUCGUAAAUAAGUGUAUUUCGUACAAGUGAAGCUUAAGUAAAAAGUCUAUUGAAAUGUACACAAACCGUGUUCAAAUACAAUAAAUAUUUUUUUUUGAAAUUUCUUAACUAGUUUAAAAAAUAAUUUCAACCUUAAUAUAUAUUUAUGUAAUAUGUUGAUAAUAUUAUUGAGUGUAGGUUUUCUAAUUUAAAUCUAGUCGUAACCUUAUGUAUUGUAAAAAUGUAGGUAAAAUUCCUUAUAUAAAUAAUUGAUAUAUAUUAUAAGACGUGUAUUAUCAACAAAACACCUCUGACCCUUUUAUCUUAUAUAUAAAUUGUGAGUUCUAUGCCUCUAAACUACAGAAUGUGUAAUUAAUUUGUAGUUAUAAUAAAGUGUUAAUUGAAAAUAAAA